AUCGUCACUUUUUCCCUCCUUGUUGGUCGUCUUCUUGUUCUCUUCCCCCUCGCGGCAUCAGAAGGGGAAAGCGACGACGGAGCCAUGGUUCACGUUAGUUUCUACAGAAACUAUGGGAAGACAUUCAAGAAACCUCGUCGCCCCUACGAGAAGGAGCGUUUGGACGCUGAGUUGAAGCUAGUUGGGGAGUAUGGUCUGCGAUGCAAGAGGGAGUUGUGGAGGGUUCAGUACGUUCUGAGCCGCAUCCGUAAUGCAGCGAGAAUGCUACUCACUCUCGAUGAGAAGAACCCUCGCCGGAUCUUUGAAGGUGAAGCUCUUCUUCGCAGGAUGAACAGGUACGGCCUUUUGGACGAAAGCCAGAACAAGCUCGAUUAUGUCUUGGCCCUGACUGUGGAGAACUUCCUUGAGCGCCGUCUCCAGACACUUGUGUUCAAGUCUGGUAUGGCAAAAUCGAUCCACCACGCCCGAGUGCUCAUUAGGCAGAAGCAUAUCAGAGUUGGUAGACAGGUAGUUAACAUUCCAUCAUUCAUGGUGAGGGUUGACUCGCAGAAGCACAUUGAUUUCUCUCUCACUAGUCCACUUGGUGGUGGCCGCCCUGGAAGAGUGAAGCGAAAGAACCAGAAGGCAGCUGCCAAGAAGGCUGCCGGUGGGGAUGGAGAUGAAGAGGAUGAGGAUUGAGUCUCUGUUAGAUCCACUUAGAAUUCUUUUUUUCUAAGUGGGUUUGAGCCUCUGUUUCAUAUAACAUGUUCUUUGUCUCUCUUAGAUCCACUUUGAAUUUUUUUGGGAACGUUGAGUUUAAGAUGUCGGAAGUUUUGGUUGCACUAUUGUCGCAUUCCUUCCUGAUUGUCACAGUUUAGAAGAACGUUUUGCGUUGUUAUUGUUUGUUUUUAAGUUAAAACUUCAAACACAUGUUCAUUUUGAUCAGGUCAUGAGAAACUGAUGGUAUGGUUGAAUAGUUAACUUCUUGUUGUUA